CAUACAUCCUCAUAUAUACUUAAAUAUAUAUAUAUAUAUAUAUAGAAAGACUUUAUAAGCAUAUAAUGUACAUGCAUAUACCAACAUAUACAUAUAUAACUUUAAUAAUAUUGACCAAUUGAUCGAAAUUCUAGCUAGCUCUUAAUUAAUUUUAAGAGUAGUACGUGCAUUUAUGAUGGCCUUGGAUCAGAAACCUUUCAUUGCAGCAACAAUAACAGGUUUGACCUGGGUAGUGUUGAUUGUGGCAUGCAUUACUGCAGAGGCGGCGCAAACUCUUGAAGAUGGCGGCGGUGGCGUGAGUCCAAUAUCAUCAUCGGCAAUACAACUAGGUCGCUGCCUGGUCACGUGUGGGACCAGCAUUCUUUCCUGCGGUGGCACCUGCGGCUUCAAGACCGACACCACCGAAGCCAUGGGGUGCUGGACCGAGUGUGGCACCACCAACAUGGAUUGUUUAGGAGCUUGCCUCGACUCCACUUAGCUACCUAGCUAGCUACAUUUGUUUAUUGCGCGUGACACAAACACACACACAUGCCCAAAUUAAACUGGUAAAAUAAUAUAAUAACGUAUGUAACUGAUACAUACAUAAAGUUUGUUCCAUGAAUAAAUUAUGAAAAAACUUCAAAUAUUUGUGCCCAAGCCACAUUAUUUUUCUACCUAACAAAAGCAUGCAUGUAGUUUGGGUGGUGUUUGGAACCAAU